GUGAACGUAUAUACGUAGCAUCCUAGACUAGACUAGACUAGGCAGUAUGGCAGGGAAGGCAGCUCAUCCGAAUACCGAUGUCAGAGCACGAGCCAAGGCUAGGGCAGCGAGCAGGGACAAGCAGAGGGGUGCCAGUGCAAGGAUAGAUGAGGAGAAUGACGAGGACUUUUCCUUUGCCCACUUCGAGCGACAGUGGCGACGCUAUUUGGUGAAUUUCGAGCGACGCCGCCUACAGAAUGUGGAUUUCUUUUAUGGGAACAACCAGACAGGACUCUACGGCGAGGAGGUGCAGGCUGUCGAGUUUGAGGAUGCCAUCGAUGCAGCAGCUACGAGUGCCAUCUACGAUGACCAGCACAAUCGGGGCGAGGAUGUGGUACUUUGCGACUAUUGCAAGUGCAAUUGCAACUGCGCCAGCAAUCCCUGGCAUCGUCCCCAUGCCCACGCCCGUGGCCGCACCAAGAACAGCUGCAACGAUCUAGGCCAUUCUCACUGACCACUCAGCAAGCCAGCAACCCAAAGCGAACAAGCAUACUAACAAUAGACCAUACUAGUUAACGGGACUGACCG